UGUGUCUUCCUGCCCGACAUGAGAGGAGGUUCUGUACGUGGCAGCGAAAAAAAAUCCUUACAUUUUCAGUAACCCCGGGGUGCCUUGAACAUAUCUUCACAUUCCGUUAAUGGUGAAGCACAUCGUACUAAGGGAAAAGUCACAUAGUGUUCCAGAUGGAUAUCUUCUUCUGGAAAGAAGACUAGCUGGAUCAAGAACACCUCACUAGAGAUUACCCAGAGGAGUUCUGUGUAAUGUAGAUAGCACAAUCCCAAGAGUUUGUUCAGCAUAACAACGAUGAAGUGCCUACCAUUCCUAACCUGGGCUCUGGUCUGCUCCUGUUGUUGGCGAGUGCAAGCGGAGAUCUUCUCCUCUAUAGGUCAAAUGACGGACCUGAUCUUCACGGAGAAGGAGCUGGUCCAAUCCCUGAAGGAGUACAUCAAAGCGGAGGAGGCCAAAUUAGCAGCUGUCAAGAGCUGGGCCAACAAGCUGGAAGCAUUGACCCGGGCCUCGACCUCUGACCCUGAAGGCUACCUGGCCCACCCGGUCAACGCCUACAAGCUGAUGAAGAGACUCAACACUGAGUGGGCGCAGCUGGAGAGCCUGGUUCUGCAGGACCCCUCAGAUGGGUUCAUCUCCAACAUGUCGGUGCACAGGCAGUUCUUCCCAGAUGAGGAGGAUGAGAAAGGGGCUGCCAAGGCCCUGAUGCGCCUCCAGGACACAUAUAAACUGGACUCGGAAAGCUUCUCCAAAGGCAAGCUGCCAGGGAUGCACUCCAACGCCCUGCUGACGGUGGACGACUGCUACGACAUGGGGAAGACGGCGUACAACGAGGCGGACUACUACCACGCCGUGCUGUGGAUGCAGCAGGCCCUGCGGCAGAUGGACGCCGGCGAGGACGCCGUGGUGACCAAGGCGGACGUGCUGGACUACCUGAGCUACUCGGUCUACCAGAUGAACGACCUGCCCCGCGCCAUCGAGCUCACGCGGCGCCUCGUCGCCAUCGACUCCGACCACCAGAGGGCAGGAGGGAACCUGCGCUACUUUGAGCGUCUGCUCGCCAAGCAGCUGUUGGAGCAGAACCAGGAGUCCCAGCCGCCCGUCUCUGAGGAGCCCAUCCAGUUGGGAACCUACGCCCGGCCCAAGGACUACCUGCCCGAAAGGGAGACCUACGAGGCCCUGUGCAGGGGCGAGGGAGUCAAGAUGACCACCGCGAAGCAGAGCCGCCUGUUCUGCCGUUACCACGACGGCAACCGGAACCCCCGUCUGCUACUGAAGCCGAUGCUGGAGGAGGACGAGUGGGACAGCCCCCACAUCGUACGCUACCUGAACGCCCUGUCAGACCUGGAGAUCGAGAAGAUCAAGGAGCUGGCCAAGCCCAGGCUUGCCAGAGCCACAGUUCGAGACCCCAAAACAGGCGUCCUGACCACAGCCAACUACCGAGUAUCAAAGAGUGCGUGGCUGGAGGGGGAGGAGGACCCUAUCAUUGAGCGCGUCAACCAGAGGAUACAGGACAUCACAGGUCUGACAGUACAGACUGCAGAGCUGCUUCAGGUCGCUAACUACGGGGUCGGAGGGCAGUAUGAGCCCCACUUUGACUUCUCCAGGCGUCCUUUUGACAACCUCCAGGUCGAUGGAAAUAGACUUGCUACCUUCCUCAACUACAGAGAUGAGCCCGAUGCUUUCAAAACAUUAGGCACUGGAAAUCGCGUGGCCACUUUCUUGAAUUACAUGACUGAUGUUGAGGCUGGAGGAGCCACGGUCUUCCCAGACUUUGGAGCAGUCAUCUGGCCUAGAAAGGGAACUGCAGUCUUCUGGUACAACCUCUUCAGGAGUGGGGAGGGAGACUACAGGACUAGGCAUGCUGCUUGUCCUGUGUUAGUAGGAAGUAAAUGGGUGUCCAACAAGUGGAUCCAUGAGAGAGGCCAGGAGUUCAGGAGACCCUGUGGCCUGACAGAAGUGGACUGAGGCUGUUCUUGCCAUCUAGAAUCACACACCCCUUGCAGUGCCUUGGGCAGCGAUCCAAACUCUCCGAAAACGCAUACAUACAGACACACACACACACACACUCAGGUCUUGGAUUGUGAGCUGAGACAUCCCUUUUUGUUUUCUCGCAUAACUCUGAAAAUGUAUAGACGGUUUGGCGAAUGUAUGUGUAGGACCUUAAAGGGCUCAAAUGUUUGUUUUUAUAAUAAUUUGUGUUUUGGAAAUGGUGUCUUUUGAUGUAAGUGACCUUUGCAUAAGUAAAUACUGACAAAAAAACAUAUCAUUAAGAAAUGUCAUCUUUUCAUUCUCAUUUAUUUAUAGACUUAAAUUAUUACACUGUUUUGGAACUUUGAGAAGAAUGAGCAUUAAACAGUGUGUUUUAUUA